GAGAAAUUCAAUCGGGCAUGAAGUGGGUCCAAGAACAGUUGAGCCAAUGCGUGGCGGGGCAGAAUGGCAACUCAAAGUGGGACAAGCGCGCGGCCUCGUACUGGAGCGAAGACACGGAAACAGCAAAAGCUUUGGCUGAAGAGCUUGGGCACAGCGAUGACGACACCAACGACUUUGUGCGGUGUGUCAAGAAGAACCUCGCUGUGGAACUCACGCCCAAGAUUGCAUUGCCGAAUGUGAUGAAGCACACGACAUCGACGGCACGUGACCGCACAGUGCCCGUGGAACCGACGGUGACAAUGGACGAAAUCGUUUCGGACGACUCCAAGAUUCAGCCAUUGGCGCCUGGAUUGAUCUCGGUGGCGUCUUGCGAUACUGACCUUCAAGAAAGCCUUGCUUUGAAGCUCAUGCGAUUCGAUCCGUCGAAGGCAACGAGUCCCGUACUCCAACCACAUUCAUCGACCAACUUGCGCUUUUUAUCACUUCUUCGAAAUGUGCGGCGCUUGGAGUCCCAAUAUGCCGAGUCGGGGAAGCACGGCCGAAUGCUCGCAUCGACCAUUGUCGAGCUACCAUCGUUCACGUAUACCUCGCCCGUAGACGCAUCGGCAGACCACGGUACCAAACGGUGCGCCAUUUGCCUGAGUGACUUCUCCGACGCCCAAGAGAUUCGCGUCCUCCCGUGCUUCCACACGUAUCAUUCGUGGUGCAUUGACAAGUGGUUGCUCAACCACGCCAAGUGCCCCGUGUGCAUUUUGAGUCCGUAAGCGUCUCCAGCACGACAUCCAGUAUGCUAGAUCAACAUGCACUGGAGUUUGUUGCCA